ACAGCAUGAUUCACAAUCAGACCAAGCUGUAACCAUCCAAAUCGAGCUGGCUAAAUGCGCCUAUCUGGAAGCAAAGGCCAAGAACUUUGAGUGAAGUGAACGUGAAGUAAUAUUUUUCUAAUUAAUUUGAAAGUCUAAAGUCGUAGGCGGCAAGUCUCAUACACCAAAGUUAAUGAUUUCGAUUGUCAAACCUAUAAUGUAUCAGAACUCAUCGAAGUGUGCGGCUUCAUAUCAGUAGGGGACAUUGGCUCUCCAAUGGCAGUAAGUCGACAUUUGAUCUUACCCUCAACUCCUCCUAGCAAACAGGACAGCACUCAUAAAUCUGAUGUUGAUGUAAUAGAUGAUGACCCAACAGAUGAGGGAAAAACACCCUCUUUCUGCGUUCUUCUCCAUGGAGCUCUGAGGGUGGAAAACAUGGCCGCUCUAGUGACUAUUGGAGAAAACUGGUUUGGUUUCGUAUACUCCUGGGCUGACUCAAAAAAAAAAUCAAAUUUGAUGAUGACUGUAUUGACACCUGGGUCAGAUGCGGUACCUUGGCUUGGCGAUUUGAACAACUUGGGUUCUUCUGAUUUUUAUUCUGCUGAUCAAGUAGGAGGUUUCCCGGUAAAACCCACCGAGAAAAGAAGUUAUUCUCAGAAUGGGGUUGUUUGGAUAAGACAAGCAGGUUUGCAAUCUGAUAUACAGAAGAUUUUAAGACAUGCAAGAAAGUUACCAGAGAAGACACAACAGUUUUAUAAGGUAAUUAAUUCACAUUCAGAAAAGUAUUUUCCACUGAAUUUUAUCUCUGUAAUAAAUGGGGCGCAGGAUGUAUAACAUUAUAUUAUGUAA